GCCGGCAAUGGAUAGAGAAGGGCAAAAAGGGCGGCAGCGGAAGACACUUGUCAUCCAAAGGAGAAAAGGACGUUCUUCCGUCUGCCGCUGCUGAUCUAUCAAGGUCCGGUCCUCUUCAAUGAAGGGGAAGCAGCAGCGGAGCUCUCAUCAUGACCAAUGUCGUCCUCCAAUGCUUCUUGCCGCCGUGUUGGUGAUCCUGCUGCUUGCUGUCGCCUUGCCGUUGACGUGUGUGGCAGCCCUUCAGGCAGUGAAGGUCCCGCAGCAAACAAGGCAUCAACGCCAAGGCCGGCAACCAUCACACGGAGCUUUUCAACCUGCCCCUCUUGCUCUCCCCCGUCGUCGGUCUCUCGCCCAGCGAGGCCGACUGACGAAGUCCUCCGCUACGGUCGGCAGCAAGGCGCUCUCAUCCAAGGCCUUCGAGCAGCCAACCAGGAGCUCGCCCCCCGGCCGCGUCCGUGUCGAAGAGGUGCCCUUCCAGUAAGCUAGUGGCUCAUUUGCACGGUAAAUCUCGCUCGAUUCAUUCAUUCCCGGUGCUUGUGUGUUCGCAGGGAUUUGAAGGCGCUGAGCCUCUUCUACGUGAUGUCCAACUGGGGUGCUCAGGGCCGGCUGCGUGAGCUGCAGGUGGCCGAGCUGGACAAGUACGUCUACAACGGUCUCAUCGAGCUGAUCGGACCCAACAGGAUCGUUCAGGACGGUGUGGUCCUCGCCGCCAAAGAUCCCCGCACUAACGCUCUCCUUGGGUGCGUCAACAUGGAGCUCAUGAAAGCGAAGAAGGGCACCAGGCUGCGCAGCGAAAUCGACAGUGGGAAACUAUCAGCAGCCGCUGCCACUGCCACUGCUGCCAAGGAUGGGUCCUCCUCUGGAGCUAGUCAAGCGCCAAACGUGGCAGUGAUAAGUGGUCUUGUGGUUGCCCCGCAGGCGAGGCGGCAGGGCAUAGGGCAGAAGCUCUGCCGCGAGUGUGAGAAGGUUGCGGCCAGAUGGGGCUUGACGUCGGUGUAUUUGUUCGUCGACCAAGUGAACACGCCGGCCAUUCAGCUGUACGAGCGGCUGGGGUACCGGUCUCUGUUUGUCGAGAAGCAGCCCAGGAAGGAGCCGUCGCGUUUCGGCGGCACGCAGCAGGUGGAGAGGGCGGCCGUGUGCAUGACGAGAGAUCUGGACGACAAGACCUUGUUGAUGGCCAAGCUGCCUGGCGUGAUAGCUGAGCCAAUGGAGUGGCUCACUAGCGCCCUCAGCUAGCGAUCGAUGGGAGAGG